AUGGCAUCGGACACCAAAUCCGAUACCCCAAACGUCAUGUUGGAGUUAAAAAAAAUGUCUUCUGGAGCUAGUUUCAGCGACGUGCAGAAGGGCCCUUUGGACCCGAUAAACAUACUGAAGCGGCAGUACGAUGAAGACCCGACGCCAUCGAAAGUAGAUCUGGGCGUUGGCGUCUUGCGAGAUGAGCAAGGAGGAUGCUACGAAAUACCUGUUGUGCAGGAGGCAAAAGCUAUACUCGCGCAACGACGCAUCGGUCAUGACUACAGACCCACGACCGGAAUUGAGCCCUUCAGACACAACGCGGCACGAUUGAUCUUCGGCGAUGACAGCGCAUGUAUCAAAGAGAACCGUGUUGCGACAGUUCAAACCGUAGCAGGGACGGGAGCCUGUCGGAUUGGUGCUGUCUUCCUUAGCAAGCACUGGCCAUCGUCGACAGCUGGACCGAGCCCGUCUCAAAACGAGCAGCCGGUCUACCUUGGUGUUCCCACUUGGGGGAACUAUGACCCUCUAUUUCAACAUGCUGGGUUUUCCAACGUCAAGAAAUACCAGUAUCUGGAUCUCACGCGUCGCAUCGACAUGGCGAGCACCGUCGAGGCAAUUCAAUCUGCGCCAAAUCAGAGCAUUAUCGUCUUGCAAGCCGUUUGCCACAACCCGACUGGACGGGACUUUACGAAGGAUCAAUGGUCCCAGAUCGCCGACAUCAUGCAGACUAAAGGUCACUUUGCAUUCUUCGAUUGUGCCUACCAGGGCCUCGGCACUGACAGCGCGACUGAUGCGUGGGCGAUCCGACACUUCGUUGACAGGGGAAUCGACAUGUUAGUCUGCCAAUCGUUCUCCAAGAAUGCAGGCUUGUACUCGGAGCGCGUCGGAGCGCUGCACGUAGUCUGCGCUUCUUCCAGCAUCGCCGCGAAUGUCUUGGAUCAGCUCAGGGCACUGACGAGAUGGGAAGUGUCCUCAACUCCCGCGUACGGGGCGGAGCUGGUGAACAUUGUCUUAAGCGACCCCGCGCUCAAAGCAAAAUGGCAAUCCGAACUCGAAGCGGCUAGACAAAGGAUGAGAGGCCUUCGGAAGGAGCUACACGAGCUGGUGACAUCUCGUGGUAGCACCUCCGUCGACUGGAGUCACCUUCUCGAGGAGAAUGGGCUUUUCUCAUUCACAGGGUUGAGCGCAGCUCAGACCCGUGCGCUGAUUGCCCAGUACCACAUAUAUAUGCCAGAGAAUGGGCGCAUUAACGUCAGCGGCCUCAACUCAGGCAAUAUCAAGCGCGUAGCCGAGGCAUUCGACACUGUGGUCAGGAAUGGGGCUUGA